CCUCCUUCUUCACCACCCCCACCUUUCUCUCUCUUCAAACCUUUCUUUCCCUCGUUUUUUUAUAGAGAGAGAAAGUAGAGAGACACAAAAUGCGUGAUUUCUCAUUUCAAACCUUCAUUUGAGCUACGCGGAUUGCUUCGUCAUUUUUUUUCUCUUUUGUUUUGUUUGGUUUUAGCUGAGAUUUUUUUUAUUUUAAUUUUCGGUGACGAGAAGAAUUGCGCGUUUUUUUUCAGCCGAAUCACUGUUGUUGGGUUUUCUUUUGGUGCUUACCUAAUGGGAAACAGUGAGGAAGGAAAAUCCACCAAGAUUGAAAAGUCAUCUUCACCGGUAGCAACGGAUCAGACCAAUCAGACCAACCAGCAAAAUAUUCAUGUUUAUCCUGAUUGGAGUGCCAUGCAGGCAUAUUAUGGACCAAGAGUCAACAUGCCCCCAUACUAUAACUCGGCUGUGGCUAAUGGUCAUGCUCCUCAUCCAUACAUGUGGGGACCACCACAGCCUAUGAUGCCACCUUAUGGGCCGCCUUAUGCAGCAAUCUAUUCGCAUGGAGGGGUUUAUGCUCACCCUGCAGUUGCUAUUGGGCCUCAUGCACAUGGUCAGGGACUUCCGACUUCACCUGCUGCUGGUACUCCUUCAAGUGUAGAAACACCAACCAAAUUAUCUGGAAAUACUGAUCAGGGUCUAAUGAAAAAAUUGAAAGGAUUUGAUGGGCUGGCAAUGUCAAUAGGCAAUGGCAACACUGGAAGUGCGGAACGUGGAGCGGAAAACAGGCUAUCACAGAGUGUGGACACUGAAGGUUCCAGUGAUGGAAGUGAUGGCAACACUGCAGGGACUAAUCAGACAAGGAAAAGAAGACGUGAUGGAACACCAACCACUGACGGGGAAGGGAAAACUGAGAUACAAGACAGUCCGGCCCCUAAAGAGAAUGCAGCCAAUAAGACGAUUGCAACUGCCCCAAUCAGUAUUACAGGAACAUUAGCUGCACCUGUUGUUUCUUCAGGUAUGACCACAGCACUGGAGUUGAUGAACCCUGCAUCUCUACAUCCUAGGACAAAUUCUCCAAAUGGGCCACAACCUUGUGCAGUUAUGCCUUCAGAAGCUUGGAUACAGAACGAGCGUGAGCUGAAACGUGAGAGGAGGAAACAGUCAAACCGUGAAUCUGCCAGAAGGUCCAGGCUAAGGAAGCAGGCCGAGGCUGAAGAAUUGGCACGAAAAGUCGAAAACUUGACUGCUGAGAAUGUGUCGUUGAAAUCAGAGAUAAAUCAAUUGAGUGAAAGUUCUGAGAAACUGAGGGUGGAGAAUACUACAUUAAGGGAAAAACUGAAAAAUGCUCAACUGGGACCAGCAGAUGAGAUAGUUUUGAACAACACUGACAGCAACAGGGCUACCCCUGUGAGUACAGAAAACUUACUAUCAAGAGUUAACAAUAAUUCUAGUUCUGAUGAUAGAACUGCUGAGGAAACUGAUUUUUGUGAGAACAAAUCAAACUCUGGGGCAAAGCUGCAUCAACUAAUGGAUACAAAUCCUAGAGCUGAUGCUGUCGCAGCUGGUUGAGACCAAUGAUUGUUCUGGCUUUAGUUUUGGCAUAUUACAAGCCCAAAAUUACUGCUGAGUGCUAACAGUUUUCAGAAGGGGAUGGAUCAGCUGAAUUUUAGGAUAUGAAAAUCCAUCAAGAAUUUGCUUUUCAGUUUUUUUUUUUAGGACAAAAAACUGUAUUCUAUUAGAUGUGACAGAAGUAGAUUAUGACAACUUAAAAUGUUUGUAAAUUGAAGGGAACUAGAGAUUUAGUUUAGACUUUUAGAAAUGGUUGUUGAACCAUUGCAUAAUUGGUUGUGGUGUUGAUUGGUGUGGACCUCCUUGGUUUAAGGUAUUCCUACUCUAUGAACAAUCCUAUAUUUCUAAUAUUUAUCAAGUUUGAUUGACAUCUCUCAA